AUGAACCUGCCCUUAGCACUGCCCAAACCCAUGAUGAGCGUUGCAGAAAUGAUUCCUCCCCCUCUUUUGAUUAUCCUUUUCGUAUAUGGGUACUUCCGACUCGCGAUCAAUGGCAUUGCCAAGACAUGGUUCACGAGCAGUCACGAGGCAUCUGCUCAGGAUCCAGUCUUCAAAUACUUUGAACACAUUCUUAACACUAAGGUCAAAGAUUCGCAACAUUCAACUGUCACGCAAGAUUUUACGAUCGAUGCCAUUCUCAAGGAAGGACAUACCGAUACAGAAACCGGCUACACGACUUACCCGCGCCAUGAGAAGCGAUCGGAAAUACGAUUCAGGCCAUCCUGGGGGCAACAUAUCUUUUGGGAAAAUGGGAGGCUCUUUAUGAUGGAAGUAACAAAAGACAAAGACGACCAAUAUUCUAUAAAGGGGAUAAGACUAUACACGUUUGGAUUUGGAUCACGUGGUCAUCUUAUGGAUCUAUUCUAUGAAACCGUAAAAUACGUGCACGGACGCGCAGACGAAGUUUCCAUGUGGAUGCCCGCUCCAGAAAAAGGUGUUUGGGCACAAGCAGGUCGCAUGCCCCCUAGACACAAAGACACAUUGUCUCUCCCGGGCAUCAAGGAAGAGGCGUUGAAUGACGCAAAUCAGCAUUUCAAAUCUUCCACCGCGGAAUGGCACAGGGACAAAGGUGUUCCAUGGCGUCGCGGCUUUUGUUUUCACGGGCCCCCAGGUUCGGGAAAAUCAUCCCUUGUGCAUGUAAUCGCAUCACAAUUCAAGCUCGACAUUUACAGAAUAAUAUUCACCUCGGGCAUGACGGAUAUAGUCCUACAGAGGCUUUGUUCAAUUAUACCAAAGCGCUGCAUCCUUCUUAUCGAAGACAUCGACAAAUCCCAGAUGAGACAAACUAUAAGAGGAAAAGACAGCAAAGACAGCAAAGGCGAUGAAGGGAUUUCCUUGAGUGGCCUUCUCAACGUUAUCGAUGGUGUUUGUGCCCCAGAAGGCCGUCUUUUUAUCAUGAACGUCAACGACCUAAGCGAGAUCGACAGUUCGCUGACGCGUGAAGGACGAAUUGAUCAAUACUUUGAGUUUAAAGAUGCAUCACCCCUUCAGGCAGCUGAAAUGUUCCAGAACGUAUACAAACAGACCUCAUUGACAACUCAGAUCGCUGAAUUGUCUCGAGUAUUUAGCGAUUGCAUUCCAGACCAGAAAAUUCCUCCAGCAAACAUUCAAAGAUAUCUCCUAAAGUAUAAGGAGGAUCCGGGGAAAGCAGUUGAAAAUGCAGCCCGAGAACUUGCAUUUAUACUCCCUCCGGCCUUAGCUUCCUUUGACCAGCUUGUCACUGAACAAGCUCCUUGCGGCGAUGCACAACUUGUAUCUGAACAAGUACAGCUCGACAGCAAACUAGCUAUUUGGGCGGUCAAUGAGACAUGGCAUGAUGUCAUCAAAGCGCCCGACACAUACUCAACCUGGGAAGACCUUGAGAUACUGAAUAAAUCUUGCCCCGAAAUUUUCUCUAUGUUUUCCAAGGGCUGGGCUAUCAUAGUUGAACUAGGCACGGGCGCUUCUGAGAAAGUCAUGGUCUUGAUAGACAAGUGUGUUCAAGAGAAAAGGCCAUGCUAUUAUCUAGCCGUCGAUAUUUCUCAGACAUCUCUCGACAUACAACGAGACGAAUUAUCGCGAAAGUAUAAAGGCCAGGGGAUGGUUAUUUUACGUUUCUUACAGGCAAGUAUUGAAACAGCUUGUGAGAUUUUGUGUAAGUUGCCUGGACCUCGUGUCUUCCUUUCGCUGGCAGAUAUCAUUCUGAAUUCCAGUGAUCCAAUGCCACUACUGAAAGCACUUCAUGGAAUAUUACGCAAAGAUGAUUUACUAUACAUCUCCCAAGACACGGCCGUGGAAGAACAAUUCCGGGAGAAGCGAGAAAAAUACUAUGACCAGGAUCAAUGCUGGAAGUUUAUCGAUGAAAUCCUCAAAUCUAGGGGAAUUGACACCAGCGGGCUGCAUAGGCGGCACAUUUGGGAAGGAAGAUUACACAAAUUCGCUUACGUGAAAGGGGAUGAGAAUACUGGAGGUCCUGAAGAUGUCGAGAUCUUCAGCUCGUUCCAUCAUUCCAGAGAAAGUGUGGAAGAGAUAUGUUCCAAGGAAGGGUUUGAGUUGGUAAAGGAGUUCGGCGAAGAUGGCUUCUCCAUGAGUAAGUUGCAAUGGUUCUUCCUGAAACCAUUAUAUUGA